GGCGGAGCUGCAGUGCUGCUUCUGUGCCGUGUUGGGCUUCCCUCUCUCUAUAAGCUAGCCCAUGAGAAGCAUAGCAUCCCUGAUAAACUGGCCCUAACACAGCACUAGAGAAGUUGAAAUACAGUGAUAUUACAUUCGGACUGGUCAAGAAAAGCCUCGUCAGUAGUUUACUACUACUACUGAGGAUCUGUAGAAGGAACAAUCUUGAAAAUAAUAAGCAGCACUGUGAAGAAAGAUCUUAUAAAGGAGUUUAUAACCCAUCUAUUGGAGUUGAAUAAUAUAAAGUCAAUAUGGCCCAGUGGAAGAGUUUUUCAAAAGACUAUCCACCUUCCAGUGGUCGUGGCAGUAAGGUGCCCUUCCAAAGAUCUGUAAGUUACCCAUCAACAAAUGGUGUACACUCAAAUUCCAGAGAAACUGGACUUGUAGAAAAACUUCUGCAUUCCUAUGGUUUUAUCCAGUGUGCAGAACGUGACACGCGUCUAUUCUUCCAUUAUAGUCAGUAUGAUGGAAAUAUUGAAAACAUGAAUAUUGGAGACGAAGUAGAGUUUGAUACAUCAGUGGAUAGACGUACUGGUAAACCAAUAGCCUGUCAUAUUGUGAAGCUAAGACAAGGCAGCGUAUCUGCAGAAAUACUGAGUGAACAAAGGGUCAUGGGAUCCAUCCUUACUGAACCAAAAUACCCAUCAAGAAACAAAAAUUCUUUUACUACUAUGGAGAUGGGAAAAGUGUCUUACGAAAUGAAUGGGGAGUGCUUUUUCCUUUCCUUUGGGAUAGAAGACUAUGAGGAUACUGAGAACAUGGAACUCAGGAAAGGAGACAAAGUAUCAUUCGUUUUAGCAACUGAUAAAAGGCAUGGAAAUGUACGAGCUAGAAAGAUAGUAUUGGAGGAACCUGCGCCACUGGAUAAAUAUCAAGGUGUUGUAUGCUCCAUGAAAGAAUCAUUUGGUUUUAUUGAGAGAGCAGAUCUUGUGAAAGAGAUCUUUUUCCACUACAGUGAGUUCCUAGGAAAUAUAAAUGAUUUACAACUUGGUGAUGAUGUAGAAUUUGGUAUCCAGAUGAGAAACAAUAAAGAAGUAUCAAUCAACAUAAAGAAAGUCCUCGCUGGUACCGUUGUAUUUGAAGAUAUUAACAAAGCUAAGACUGUGGGAACUGUAGUUAAACCAUUAACAAGAUUUUCCAACAGAAAAAAUAACGAUCCACUUCCCGGUAAACUUGUUUAUGACACAAAAGAUAGAGAACAAAAAGAAAUUCCUUUCGGUGAUAAAGACCAGGUUGGAGAUUACACUUUACAGACUGGUGACUUUGUACAAUUCAAUAUAGCCACUGAUAGGAGAGAUAAAUUACAGCGAGCCACCAAUAUUGAGUUAUUGGAAGAAAGCUUCUUGAAAUCGCGUGAAAAAAGGGAAAGUGGAAUUAUUGCGGCAGUGAAGGAAGGAUUUGGAUUCAUCAAAUGUGUGGACAGAGAUGCAAGAAUGUUCUUCCACUUCAGUGAGCUGCUUGAUCCUUCGCAUGAAAUCAAGAUAUCCGAUGAAGUGGAAUUUACGGUGAUACCAGAUCCAACACAAGCUCAGAGACAGAUUGCAAUCCGUAUUAGACCAUUACCUAAAGGAUCUGUUACUUUUCAAACUAUAUUACCAGGCAUACAAGAAGGUUAUAUUGAUAGAGUGCCCAUCAACCAGUGGGGUAAAAGUCCCGGUAAAAACAAGGACAAGGAAGCUGACUUGGGUACCAUUUCAUAUGAAGAAAACGGAAAUAAAAUAUUGAUAACUUAUCAUGCUAAAGACACUGAUAUCAGACAGGUACCUGAAGAAGACGAUAAGGUGGAGUUUUAUAUUGCUGAGAUAAAACGUAACAGUGCUCACAUGGCUGUCAAAGUCAAAGUCCUAGAUCGGAAUAUCAACACCAGAAAAUAUGGCUACAUUGCUACGUUGAAAGAGAACUUCGGUUUUAUUGAAACAGCUGAGCAUGACAGAGAAGUGUUCUUCCACUAUAGUGAGUUUGACGGUGAUGUCAACAGUCUUGAUCUAGGAGAUGAAGUAGAAUAUUCGGUAGCAAGGAAAGGUGCUAAAGUGUGUGGUGAAUCUAUAGUGAAACUGAAGAAAGGAACAAUUCCAGGAGAGACGUUACAGCCAGGAAUACACCAGGGUAAAGUCUUGCGCCCUCUACGCAACAUAGACCCCCAGCAGAGUGAAUAUGAAGGACUUGUGCAGCAGAUUGAGGGAGAUGGUAACGAGGAAGCGAUUUACCCCUAUGGUAUAACAAGUCUGGCAGAUAAAAAAGAGUUCUUACAGAAAGGAGAUAUUGUGAGAUUUCAAAUCAGUAUUGCAAAGAAUUCUGGGAAGGAAAGAGCUUGUAAUGUAUCAGCUAUAAGAAAGUAUAUAAGAGCCUGUGUGGACUCUGUCAAGGGGCAGUUUGGUUUCAUUGAUUAUGAAGUUGGUGAAGACAAUAAGAAGUUAUUUUUCCACAUGAGUGAAGUCCAGGAAGGAACAGAGUUGCAGCCUGGAGAUGAAGUGGAAUUUGUUAUCGUACAAAAUCAAAGAAGUGGGAAAUACAGUGCUUGUAAUGUGAGACGUAUAAGUGAUUUAAAUGCACCCAUGUUUAUGUUGAUGUAA